AUGGAUGAAGCUGUCAACAAAUUACACAAUGACAAUGGCUACUUUGAUUCAAAUGCUGAUUUGAAUGCCUACGUUGUUGCUACACCUGCUGCUGGAGCUCAUACUGGAGCUGUUAAAAUUAUGCUGCAAAAAAUCGAGUGGAUUGUACCAUAUGUGACUAUGGCUGAUAAACAAAAAAUUGAAGCUUUAAAUUAUAUUACAAGUGAUCCAGCUAUCUCAAUCAGUUUCCGAGCUUGGGAGCUGUACGAGUAUCUACUAUUACCUAAUACUUCGAAGCACAUUUGGGCUGUCAAAACAUCUACGCAGCUCGAGAAACCACGUUUCGUGUUACUUGGAUUUCAAACAGCAAGAAAAAAUGAUGCAACUAAAAACGCCAGCGUAUUUGAUCACUGCAACAUCAGAGAUAUAAAAUUAUUUUUAAACUCUCAGAGUUAUCCUUAUAGGAAUUUAAACCUCAACAUUGCAAACAAUCAAUAUGCUCUGUUGUAUGAUAUGUAUAUAAAUUUCCAAAUUUCAUACUACAACAAAGAACUUGAGCCACUGUUGACGAAGAAAAAAUUUUUGGAACAAGCACCACUGUAUGUUAUCGAUUGCUCGAAACAAAACGAAUCGAUAAAAUCUGGACCAGUGGACAUUCGUCUGGAAUUUAAAUCUACAAAUCAAUUUCCUGCGCAGACAUCAGCUUAUUGUCUCAUUAUACAUGAUCGUAUAGUCGAGUAUAAUCCUAUAAGCAGCAUCGUACGAAAACUAAUAUGA